CAUAACACGCACAGAGAAUUAACCCACCAGAGAGAGAGUGAGAGAGAGAUGGGGAAUUGCCAAGCGGCGGAGGCGACGACGGUGGUGAUCCAACACCCGGGAGGAAGGGUGGAGAGGGCGUACUGGUCCUUGAGCGCGAGCCAAGUCAUGGCUUCCAACCCCGGCCACUACGUCGCCGCGGUCAUCGUGGUCACCGCUCCCCCCUACGCCACCUCCGCCACCGCCCGCGGUGGCGACGCUCCCCUGAAGCACCUUAAGCUGCUUCGCCCCGACGAUACUCUCCACAUCGGCCGCGUCUACCGCCUCGUCAGCUUCGAAGAGGUGGUGAGGGAGUUCGCGUCGAAGAAGCACGUGAAGUUGGGCCGUCUGCUUGUCAAACAGAAAGAAAAGCACCGGCCCAGAUGCGAAAGAGGCGGCGACGGGGGCGCCUCCAUUGCCAUCGCUGCCUCGGGCCAGCCAGGUAGUGGUCGUGGUGGUGACGGUGGCAUUGAACUCGAGUCGGAGACUCCACCGGCGACGGAACAGGAAGCGGAGCCACUUGUGGACGCCGAGUUGCAGGAUGCGGCUGUCGGGAGCACCAAAGCAAAGAUAGCACGCCAUGGGCAGUGGAAGCCAACCUUGCAGAGCAUUGCCGAGGUCGCAAUUAGCUGAAGUACUCAUCCUCGCACUUCAAUCCUAGCUCUAAGUCCGAGUAAGUAUAUACACAAAUAGUUUCUGUUUUCGAUUGAUGAUGAUGAUCAUCGCGAGGUAUUGGGUGUGGAAGAAGAACAUGUGAUCUAUUUUCUUGUAUUGUCCGCAAACCAAAAAAAAAAAAAGCAAGUCAAGUGGCGUUGGCAUUGAAUGAUAUGACAGAAUAGGUUCAUCAGAGUUUGGCCAGCAGAGUAGGAUUGGUGAGGGAUGUCUCCGUCACUGCAGCAGCACCUUUAUGCUUGUCAUUUUCCUGGAGGGGAGAUCAUUCGAGCUGGAAUGGGAGGUGGAAAGGUCGUGGUCCAUCUCCCCUGGUUGAAGUGAAAGGGAAAGAGCUCAUGGCCUGCUCCGAAAAGGAGGACGCAUUUAACUCGAACACCUGACACUGAGAUAGAUGCCUUGAUUUUGACCAUGAGAGCUCCUUUCUUCCAGCUGUGUCUGUAUGCGUUGACGUCGUCGGUAUAAACGCUCCAGCAUGCAGUUUUUGGAGGAAAACCUUCGAGGGAAUUUUUUUUUUUUUUUUGAAAUUAAAUGGACGAAUUCUCGAAAAAGAAAUUAUAAUUUUUUUUAAAAGUUAAUUUUCGAGAAAAAGGUAUCGGUCUUUCUUAAACCUUUUUUUAAAUCUUUUUUAUAUGGACUAAUUCAUAAGUUAAAUUGAUCUAGUUAUAAUAUUUUUAGUAUUUUCAACAAUACUAAGAAAUCAUUGCAACUUUGUGUUUUUACACUAUUUUAUAUUAUUUUUUGAUAUUAUUAAAAAAU